GCCUACAAACCCGGAAGACUCGCGUGUUAGGGAUGGGGAAUAUCUUUCGGCAUUUCAGCUGAUUAAACUUUAGGAAAAUUUGCUAAACUUCGACACCUGUCAGUUAGUUCUUGUCAUCCAACACCUUUGACGAGGAUGGCCGCGUCCGCGAUCUUCAUCCUGGACCUGAAAGGCAAGGUGCUCAUAUGUCGCAACUACAUGGGCAACAUUGACAUGAACGUGAUAGACAACUUCAUGCCGAUAAUGAUGAAGAGAGAGGAAGAAGCAGAGUUGUCACCAGUUGUUAUUCACGGCUCCACACAUUUCCUCUGGAUCAAGCACAGCAACCUGUACUUGGUUGCGAUGACAAAGAAAAACACCAAUGCUGCUCUUGUAUACUCCUUCCUGUACAAAUUAGUGGAGGUUUUCACUGAAUAUUUCAAAUCACUUGAAGAAGAGAGCAUUAGAGACAAUUUCGUGACAGUAUAUGAGCUAAUGGAUGAAGUCAUGGACUUUGGAUUCCCUCAAACCACUGACAGCAAGAUCUUGCUAGAGUAUAUUACUCAGCAGGGGCACAAGCUGGAGGUUGGCGCACCAAGACCCCCUGCUACAGUGACCAAUGCUGUGUCCUGGAGGUCAGAGGGCAUCAAGUACAGGAAAAAUGAAGUCUUCAUGGAUGUCAUUGAGUCUGUCAAUCUUUUGGUCAGUGCUACGGGCAGCGUUCUGCGGAGUGAGAUUUUGGGAUGCAUCAAACUCAAAGUCGUUCUGUCAGGCAUGCCUGAAUUAAGGCUUGGACUCAAUGAUAAAGUGCUCUUUGAAAUCACCGGACGAGAGAAGACCAAGUCUGUUGAGCUUGAAGAUGUUAAGUUUCAUCAGUGUGUGCGUCUGUCUCGCUUCGAAAAUGACCGGACCAUCUCUUUCAUCCCACCUGAUGGAGAAUCUGAGCUCAUGUCUUAUCGGCUCAACACCACGGUGAAGCCUCUAAUAUGGAUUGAGAGCGUAAUAGAGAAGUUCUCUCACAGUCGAGUAGAGAUCAAGGUUAAGGCCCGCAGUCAGUUCAAGAGCCGCUCCACUGCCAAUAAUGUGUCCAUCUUAGUUCCUGUUCCCAGUGAUGCUGAUUCGCCCAAAUUCAAGACCACCACAGGACAGGCCAAAUGGGUUCCUGAGAAAAGUGCUGUGGAGUGGAACAUCAAGUCCUUCCCUGGUGGAAAGGAGUUCAUGAUGCGAGCUCAUUUUGGACUGCCGAGUGUUGAAAGUGAUGAACUGGAGGGCAAGAGACCUAUCACAGUCAAGUUUGAGAUUCCUUAUUUCACAGUGUCCGGCAUACAGGUGCGAUACUUGAAGAUUAUUGAGAAGAGCGGAUACCAGGCACUACCGUGGGUGCGUUAUAUCACUCAGAGUGGAGAUUAUCAACUGAGGACCAACUGAGAGAGGACAGCGCCGGUGUGUGUUGUGUCUUUUGUCGGUCCUGUUUCAUCAGUCAGACAGACACCGCCUUCACACAGCAGUUGGACAUCUCUAGCUUCUCCUUUGCUUUCACCUCAGAUCAGGUUUUACUAAUUUAACAAGGAAGUUGGACAGCAAAGUUACUGAGAAACUCCUAUGAAACUAUUGAUUUUAAAUUAUAAUCCAGAGGUUGUGUUACAGAGCUAGAAUCUAUUGAUAUUUCUAUCUUUGUGUUGUUCCAAACCUGUAUGUGUUUUCUCCAUUUAAACACACACACAAAAUCUAUGAUAUAAAAGUCAACGGGGUGGCAAGGUGGCUUAGUGAUUAGCACGGUUGCCUUACAGCAAGAAGGUUGCUGGUUCGAGUCCUGGCUGGCUGUGUGGAGUUUAAAUGUUAUCCUCAUUUUUGUGUGGGUUUGCUCCAGGUGCUCCGGUUUCCCCCACAAUCCAAAGAUAUUCGGUAUAGAGAAAUUUAAUAAACUAAAUUGGGCAUAGUGUAUGAGUGUGUGUGUGUGUGUGUGUGUGGGAAUGUGAGAGUGUAUGGGUGUUUCCCAGUAUUGAGUUGAGGCUGGAAGGGCAUUCGCUGCGUAAAACAAAUACUGUAAUAGUUGGAGGUUCAUUCCGCUGUGGCGACCCCUGAUAAAUAAGGGACUAAACUCAAGGAAAAUCUAUGAAUGAAUGAAAGUCAAUAGAGUUGUUGUUUUGGAUUCUUUUGACUUUCAUUUCAUGGACAAAAUAUAAUAAAACAUUAAUAAUAUACUUGUAUAUGCUUCACAGAAAAAUUUAUAUUUACAAAGGGUCAGGGUUGUUAUUGUUAAACUUUUUGCUUAUCAAUGCUAUGAAAGUCAAUGGUGUCCAGGGUUGUUUUUUUGGACUCCACUGACUUUGAAAGUACAGAUAAAAUCAAUGAAAUCCUUAAAAAUAUAUAUUUUUACAUUUUUCACAGGAAAACAUAACUAAACCAAAAACCCAAACCGGAAACACUUUAUAGUAACUGCACACUAUGAUUCAUAAUUAAAUAUAAUAUGAUAUAUAGUUAAAUUAUAAUUUGUUUAGCAUUCAUUCUUCAUUAACAGAUGUUAGUGUGCAGUUUAUAACCACAGAUACAUAUGCUCUGUUCUUGACUUGUAACACAUUUUAUAUGUGCUUGUAGGUCAAGAGUAUUUGUAUCUGCACUUAUAAACUGCUUACUAACGUUUAUUAAUGUAGAGUUAAUGCUUAAUAGAUUAGUCAUAGUGUAUAAUUAUAAAGUGGUACCCUAAAAUC